UUAAGUGGUUAUCCCGCUAGUCAACGCGAGCCGUCUUUGGCGAGCGGACGUAUCUCAGCAAUUGUGUUUUACAUAACAUAAAUAACCUUUUAAAAACAACAUAUUUACUAGUAUAUAGUGUUCAAACAUUAAAUAUGUUGCUCACUGUUCUAUUAGUGUCUGUAUUUGUGUGUGUUCAAGCCCAAUUCGAAGGUGAAUACUGCACCAAAGAUGGCGUCGCCGGCAUAUGCACAAACCUAAACAGAUGUCAGACUGCUAUCCAGGAUAUAAGGAACCGGAAAAAUCCAAAGAUCUGUGCGUUUGACAAUGUGGAUCCUAUCGUUUGCUGCCUAGACAGAAGUACUGGACCCACUGCUACCACAACCAAGAGGCCGUCAGUGGCGACAACCACGGAGUACAUACCUCCAGUGUAUGACUACGUCAAUGUAGACCCGAACAACAGCGGCUGUGAACCAAUUCCUGAAUCUUUGACUUCGAAGAAAACUGGACAAAAGGCUUGGGACAAAUGUAUAGAAUACCAAGAGAAGUUGGUCUACCCGUGUGAGAAGGGAGUGGCUCUGACAGGAGACCUCAGCAGGAGUAACCGCUGUCAUCAUAACGCUGAUGAGCUGAUCAUUGGAGGAACUGAUGCUGCGCAGUAUGAGUUUCCACAUAUGGUGAUGGUCGGGUAUGGAGACAAGAUUGAGGAGUUGCAGUGGUUGUGUGGGGGGGCGCUCAUCAGUGAGAAGUUCGUCCUCACUGCUGGACACUGCAUCGCUAGCAGGGAUCUUGGCCCAAUAACAUAUGUGGCGGUUGGAGCGUUGAGGCGAGGUGAUGCAGCGGACAGGUCCAGGGUCUACAAGGUGAAGAACAUCAUCAAACACCCCCAGUUCCAGCCACCAGUCAAAUACCAUGACAUAGCUUUGGUUGAGACUGAGAAUACUAUAAAACUAGACCAGUUCGUGGUGCCAGCGUGCCUGCACGUUGGGGAUCCUGUCAAUGAUGAGAAGGUCCAGGCUACUGGCUGGGGACUCACGCAGUACAGCGGCUCAGUGUCCGAUACUCUGCAGAAGGUGGUCUUAAACAAGUUUUCUACAGCUGAAUGUGCAGCCAAGUACCAGCCUGUCCGCCUGAUGAGGCAAGGGUUUGAUCCUCAGAGCCAGACGUGCUAUGGUGACAAGUUGGUCUCCAAGGAUACCUGCCAGGGUGACAGCGGCGGUCCGAUCCAGAUUAAAAACAAAAAUAUAUCGUGCAUGUACACCGUCGUGGGAGUGACGUCAUUUGGCAGAGCGUGCGGCUUCGUAGGAGAGCCCGGCAUCUAUACCCGGGUCGCGAACUAUGUAUCCUGGAUCGAAGGCAUAGUUUGGCCGAAUUGAAUAUUAUAUUAAGUGUAAUAUAUUAAUUUAUAAUUUACUAAUAUAAUUAUAAGGUGUUCUAAAAGAAUCUGCCACGGCUUUAAUGGGAGGUAGUGUUGUGUUUGAAGAUUAUAAUAGUGAAUAUAAAUUAUUGAUUAUUAGUAUUUUUUUUUUGAUCCGGAGCUGCGGACUACCUAGCGGUUUACCGGGGCUCCGGCUCGAAAAGCAGGAGUAGGAUCGAGGCGGUUUUUAGUCAGUAAGAGUCUGACACACUGACACAGAGGGAAAGAAGCCAUUGGAUGAUAUUCCCCCUAAAAAAAAUAUAUUUCGUACAUAAAACAUCUAUGUAUGUGUUUGUUAUGAAUGAGCUAUCUUUUUCACGGUCUCUGUCACAUCGUGCGUAUUUGUGAACCACUUUACACAGAGUAGAGUAAAUGUUUAUUUAACUUCUUUAUGUUCUCAUAUUGAAUGAACUGGUCUGGGGUACGAAAUUUCUUCACUAUUGUAAUCUUCAAACACAACACUACCUCCCAUUAAAGCCGUGGCAGAUACUUUUAGGACACCUUAUAAUAUAUAAAGCUGAAGAGUUUGUUUGAAUGCGUGAAUCUUCAGAACUAUUGAUUCGAAAUUGAUAAUUCCUUUUGUAAUAAAAAGAAGAAUGCUCAACUGUUUUUUAGGGUUUGCGUCCAAAAAAAGCAAAACUCAUGAAGAUCACUCACUCGUUAGUCGAGUGGUCGCAAGUGCGACUGCUGGACAAGGCGCCUCAGGUGUGAUUCCCGGCUCGGGCAAAGUAUUACUGGGCUUUUGUCGGUUUUUCGAAAAUUUCUCAGUGGUAGCACGGUGUCUGGAAUUGUGCCUAGUAUAUGGCAAUAGGAUCACCCCCUAUUACAUGGGACUUAUAACACAAAUGGUGAAAAGUGGGUGUAUAUUCUAUAGCGGCAUUACUCGCUGUAAUGUACAUAUUUGCCAACCCCUUCGGGGAUAAAAGACGUGAGGUUGCAUAAUCAUCAAAACCAGUCCAGCCGUUUUCAUGUUAAAAAACGGUAUAACGGACACCCUUUUUUAUAAAUUCCUAUAUAUUAUUAUUUAGGUUAACUUAAAUAGUAUAAGUAAAGGUGCUCCCACACAGCAGUUAUAUAACGUUAUACAACAAUGUGUAACAAUAUAACAUUUGCAAUAGCGGGUAACAUAGGUACUCUACAAUUACUGUUAUAAUUUAUUUAAACACAAAUGUAAAAUCAGUCUCUAAAAUGUUAUAUAACUGCUGUGUGGGAGCACCUUUACUUUAUAUUGCAAGAGAUUAAAAUAUUUUUAUACAACUUUUCUAAUGUGUCGUUUCAUUUCUCUCAUCAUUUCCUAAAGUUUUAAGUGUGGGCACGCCAUGGCAUGGCUCGGCCGGAGUGAUACCACGGCCGAGUAGAAAACCGACGUGAAACAACGCUUGCGUUGUCAAUGACAUGAUUGUUGAAUCAGUGAAAACUUAUUGGUGGCGAAACGGAGUUCGCCGAGUUUGCUAGUACUAAAUAAAUAACACCGUGGUUUACAAUGAAUAACAACGUGGUUAGGGAAAUAAUAAUUAUUAAUUCAUUAAAUAACAUGACUAAUUUGUUUUUCUCUUUAAUAAAUUUAUUGAUAACGUCAUUGGUUGACUUGAGACCUAUUUUUCUGGUAUUGUGGUGACAAAUGACAGAAGCCACACUUACUACCGCACUCAGAGACAUUUAAUGAUUACUUAAACUAUUCCUUAGUAACGAUUUUGUUCCGAAAACAAUUGCUAAGGACUGGGGUAAAAGUAACUAUUAAAAUAAAUGACUCUGAGUACGGCGGAUAGAUUAUCGACGAGCAAAACAACGGAUGAUGACAUAAAAAUCUUACAUCGCACGCAUGAAGUUUACAUGCGAAUAAACACGAAUAGAAAAUCCCAACGAACAACAGUUGGGCAGAAAGCCCGCCAGGCAUGACCACCUCACCUGGUCGGAGGAUACUGCUUUACUUAGGGAACUUUACUCCCUGUUCCGUAAAGUAUAAGCCGGUAAACGAGCAGACGGAUCACCUGAUGGUAAACAACCGCCCGCCGCCCAUGGACACAAAACACCAGAGGCAUUACAAGUUCGUUGCCGGCCUUUUGCGGGUUAGGAAUUUAAGGGUUGUCGGGGAAUUAGAGAUUGGGAAGGGGGGUAAUUGGACCUCCAGUAACCCCACUCACACAACGCAAGCGUUGUUUUACGUUGGUUUUCUGAUGAAGGUUCAAAAUUGGUUUACAGUCAAUAACUUAGUCUUAAACGAUAAAAAGACAAAAUGUAUUAGAUUUGUUUUGCCAAAUGUUAAAAGUAAUAAAUGUGACAUAUUAUUGAAUCGUGAAAAAUUAGAAUUUGUAAAAGAGACUACUUUCCUGGGAAUCACCGUAGACGACAAAUUGCAAUGGGGUCCUCACAUUACAUCUCUAGCGGGACGAUUAAGCUCUGCAGCUUAUGCUGUCUGGAAAAUCCGACAGUUAACCGACAUAGACACGGCAAGACUAGUGUACUUCAGUUACUUCCAUAGCAUCAUGUCGUACGGCAUUUUGCUGUGGGGACAGGCUGCUGACAUUGAGUCUAUUUUUAUUUUACAAAAGCGCGCCGUCAGAGCUAUCUACAAUCUUGGUCGUCGCGAAUCUCUCAGGGAAAAGUUUAGGGAGAUCAAUAUUAUGACCGUUCCAUGUCAAUUUAUCUAUGAAAACAUUAUGUAUGUUAGGAAAAAUCUAAACUUGUUUGACAAAGUGUCUGACAGACACAAUUAUGAAACUAGACAUAAGGAUAGAUUGAGCCAGCCAUUCUUUAGAUUGUCAAAAAUAAGUAAGUCGUUCAUGGGAUUCGGUGUUAAAUGUUAUAACAAAAUUCCAGAGGAAAUAAAACACCUAAAUGAAAGACAAUUUAAAUUAUGUAUUAAAAAAACGAUGUGUAGAUUAGCAUACUACAAAUUGAAUGAUUAUAUAGAGGAUAAAAAUGCUUGGAGGCAGGCUGGUCCGGCUCCACAGGGUAACGAAAAAUAAAGUAAUUCCAAUAAUGUAAUAAUAAAACCAUGUUAUUUCAAUUUGUUCUGUUAAAUUAGAUACAAUCAUUGUAAAUGUGAGAGCCCUGUAAUUAGCUAAAACUGUAUUAGACUAGUAGAAUGCACUUGUGUCAGCUUGGAGUUGUCAUGCUCACUCAAAGGUCUCAUUGGCGGUGGCACGGGCAUUGGAUCGCUCGAUUCCCUGCAACAUGGUUGAGUUGGGCGGUGCUGGUGUACGUGUCAUGUUCGUGAACGGGCGCUGUCAACUGGGACUGGUCAGCUCCAGACUGCAUUAAGAUUGUUGUCCUCAGGGUUAUUUUCUUUUUCUAUCACUUUGACUAAAUAUUAGUUUUACAUUGUUCUCACAUAGUUGAAGCAAUCGAAACAAUGUAACCAUGAAUUGUAUUGUGAAUCUGAUUGGAAAAGAGUAACCUAUGGAGUUUCUUGCUCGUUCUUCUCCAUAGGAAUCUACACUUUGGAACGAGCAAAUAGCUUCACUAGAGGACUGACCGACAGACUGACGUUAUUAAUAUUAUUAUAUUUGCUUUGACGUUCAAAAGUGCCUUCCUGGUCUAAUUGAAAUAAAUAAUUUUGACUUUGA